AUGGUUAUAAGAAAAGGGGUACAUCCAACACACUUGUUCUUUACUGAUGACGUUUUUAUUUUCUGCAAUGGUGCUAAGAAAAGUGUAGAACAUCUUAUGAUGUUGCUGGAUAAGUAUCAAAAAGGAUCUGGUCAGGUAAUUAAUAAAGCCAAAAGUAAAUUGCUUAUAGAUGGCACUAAUGCAGUGAGGAAGAAUCAAAUUAAGGAGUUUAUGCAAAUGGAAUUAAGUGAUUUCCCUGAUAAGUAUCUUGGUGUUAUACUAUCUCAUGGUAGAGUAAAGGUAUCUACUGUGUGGCCCAUGGUAGAAAUGAUUCAAAAAGAGCUAGUUUCUUGGAAAGGGAAACUACUUUCUUUUCAAGAUAGAUUGAUUCUUAUUAAAUCAGUUUUGUGCAGCAUUCCAGUUUACAAUAUGGCAGUUUAUAAAUGUCCAACAUCUGUCAUUAAAGUUUGUGAAAAGAUUAUAAGAAACUUCUAG